GGAGGCAUUGGUUUGAAGCUUUGGGCCUUGAGUCUAAGAUUAGCCAAUAGCUGCCAUUUUGCGCCGCACUGCGCAGAAGUUUCCUGUGUGAAUAUGGAAGGGGACUCUGCUGAUGCAUACAGAUGGGAUGCCCCUUCUCAUGUUAUGGAGUCUAUAGAUGAUUUUGCCCUGGACCCUCAGGAUAAUGCUGACCAGUGGUUUGAGUUGAAGGCAACUCCUAAAAGUGGCACUGUGGAACAGCUCACCACCCCUUUACGGACCGUAAAGCCAUUUGAUGAAAUCCCCAAUACCAACAGACCCAACGCUGUGGUGUCUCCCCUGGUCAAACAAGAUGAGACAACAAGCUCAGAUGUCAAAGAAAGCACCUGUACAGAGGUCCCAUCUAACGUAGUCACAUCAUGGGGGAACGUCAGAACUGCAGCUGCUCCUGGUCAGGGCCAGAAAUCUGUUCCUGCUCAACCACGCAGAGUGUCCAAACGGCCUGUGCCUAGAAACGAAAAGCCUACAACACCCCCUCUUGUCAAGAAAAGAAGAGUUGUACCUGCUACCACAGCAAGGAGAGUUUUUGAUCAGCGGCGAAGAAGCUCAACAUCCAGAACUGUGCGACGCAGUGGUGCUGGUGCGAGGAGCAGUGUCCGGCUGAGAAGCAAACCAGCCAUUGCCUCAAAGACCUCAGAUACCGCCUCUGCCUCCAACACUACACAACAGAAAAGCACCGAACAGCAAGAGCUGGAACGCAUCGAGGCACUGCAGAAAGAGGUGGCAGAACAGCGUCGGAAGAACGAGGCCAGCUACAGGGCUGCACUGGCAGGCAGUCAGCUUCCUAAGAAGCAUGUGCUGUCCACCACCAUUCCCAAAGAGUUCAACUUCCGCUCGGAUAGCAGGCUGAAGAACCACAUGGAUGGAGGCUCUGCAGAAGACAACUCGUACAAGGAGGUGAACUACACCUCUCAGCUCCGCAAGCACCCAUCUUCCCCUUUGAAGGCUCCAAAGGGAACAACCAUUCCCAAACCCUUCAACCUCUCCAGAGGCAAGAGGAAGCUUGAUGAGGCAGGAGCCUAUGUGCCGAUGGCCCAGCAGAUUGAGCAGUUUCAGAAACGCACUCCCACCCGCUAUCACCUGCGCAGUCGGCAGAGCCAGGAAAGAGGACCAUCACCAGUGAAGGCUGAGAAGUCAAAAAUCACACACCCCAAAACACCACAGCUACUGACUCGCCAGAGACAUCGUCCCACAAUGGUGAAAAGCACUGCAGAAAUUGAGGCUGAGGAAGCAGAAAAAAUGCAGCAGUUUAAGUUCAAAGCUCUAGAACUCAACAGAAAGAUUCUAGAAGGGGCUUUGGUUCCUAAAAAGCCAGGCAGUAAAGAAGUUACCAAGCCUGAGGGCUUCCAGCUGGAGAUCGAGAAGCGACUUCAGGAGCGGCAGGCCAGUAAGAAGCCUGAGGAAAAAGAGGACCACACAUUCCAUCCCAGACCGCUACCAACUCGAAUUCUGGAGGAAGUUGUGGGUGUCCCAGAGAAGAAAGUUCAAAAUCCAACUGUUCCAGAAUCACCUGCAUUUGCUCUUAAAAACCGUGUGCGAAUGGAAAAGAAAAAAGAGGAGAAGCCUCCUGCUCCAAUUAAGGCACAUGCUGUGCCCCACUUCCUGCCCUUCCAGCCCAAACUGCCAGUCAAGAGCCAGGUAGAAAUGUGCCCUUUCUCAUUUGAGGAACGUGAGCGUGAACGAAGGGUCAUGAAGGAGAAGAAACUGGAUGAAAUGAGAAAUGAAGAGCUACCCAAGUUCAAGGCCCAACCCCUUCCUGACUUCCAUGAAGUGCACCUCCCUGAGAAAAAGGUAGUAGAGCCCACCAAACCUGCUCCUUUCAAGCUGAUGGUUGACGAACGAGGAGCGGCAAAGGGUGACCACUGGGAGCAGAUGAUGAAAGAGGAGUUGAAACGACAGGCUGAAGCCGCAUGUUUUAAGGCACGACCAAACAAUGUAAUGCACAAAGAACCAUUUGUACCGAAAAAGGAGAAUCGCUCCAUCUUGGCCAAUUCUACUAAUUCUGCAGUUCCAGAUGGCUUCCAGUUGGCCACAGAACGGAGAGCCAAGGAACGAAUGGAUUUUGAAAAGGAGUUGAGUGAGAAGGAGGCACUGAGGGCUCGUAUGGAAGAGGAGCAGGCCAGAGAACAAGAGGAGCAGCAAAAGGAGGAGACUGUAAGGCUACGGCAGGAACAGGUGUGCAAGGCCCAGCCGAUCAGACGCUACAAGCCAAUGGAGUUGAAAAAAAGUGAAGUGUCUCUCACAGUGCCCCAAUCUCCAAACUUUUCAGAUCGUUUCCGCAUGUAAAUGCGUAACGCACUGUUACAUUGACUUAAUUCUACAUGAUUCUCUUAAUGUGUUUUACUAUUUCUUGUUUUAUAUCUUUCUAUGAUGUCUGAAAAUUUAGACUAACUUUUAUCUGUCUGUGGCUGAUGCAUUAGGCCUUUGUGGUCAAGUAAACAAUUUUACAGUUGGGUGUGAUGACUCCCUCAGCUAAAUUUCUGUUCAAACUCUCCUGUAUAUGAAGACUUGUUCUUUGUUCUUUUUUUUUUUUUUACA